CACAGAGAUCUAUAUUCCCAAACAACUCCUAAAACUCAUCCAUCUUCUAAACUAGUUUCUUCCCUCUUUUGAUCAUCUGAGAACAUCCCUAGCUAACAAAAAUGGCAGCAACAACAGCUUCAAUUGCCAUGCUCAAUACCAAGUGCUUCUUGAGCAUUAGCUCACCCAACCAUCUCAACCCUUCCAAGCCAUCCUUAUUCAAACCCAUCUCUCUCCUUUCUCUCCACAACCUUCCUAAAGGACUCACCACCUCCAAAGUUACCACUACUGAUAACAAUCCUAACCUCUCACCUUCACUAUCUGCAACUGCCAUUGCUGGUGCAAUCUUCUCCACCUUGAGUUCUUCUGAUCCAGCCAUUGCAGCACAACAGAUUGCAGAGAUUGCUGAGAGUGACAACCGUGGUCUUGCUCUCUUACUACCCAUAAUUCCUGCAAUUGCUUGGGUUCUCUUCAACAUCUUACAACCAGCUCUGAACCAAAUUAACAAGAUGAGAAGUACCAAAGGAAUCAUUGUAGGACUUGCUCUUGGUGGUGGGUUAGCUGCAUCAACCUUCCUUUCCAUUCCCAGUGCAUCAGCUAGUGAAGUAGCCAUGAUAGCUGAUGCAUCAAAUGAUAACAGGGGAUCACUUCUGUUGUUUGUGGUGGGCCCAGCUAUCCUUUGGGUUCUCUACAACAUUCUUCAACCGGCUCUGAAUCAGAUCAACAGGAUGAGGUCUUAGUAAUAGCCUCUAAUGGUGGUGGGUGGCCCAAAUUUUUUUCUUUUUUGUUCUAGUUUUCUUCUUCUUCUUUGUUUUCCCCAGUAUAUAUAAAAUUCUUGUACCUGCUAUGAAGUCUCUUAUGUAUUUGAAGUGUUUGGAGGAUC